AUGGAACGUAAAAAGACGCUGACGAUGAAUUGGGAUGGCCUCGGCGAUGAUGACGACGACGACCGAUUUUUUGAAACGUUUGACCGAACCUCCAACGCCGUGCCUCUGGACUUGGCGUCUUCGUGUUCCGACGACGACGAUGAAGGGUUUGAAGACUCACGCAUGUCAUUUGUCUCCACCGUGUCGUCUGUCCAUCACCAUCAAAACUUCGCCACCUCAGCCGCCGCCGCUCCCUGCCGGGACGGCUUGAUGUCAUGUGAUUACAACGUGUGGACGAUGGCGCCUGGCUCUAUCAACGAACGGCGUAAGCGUCUUUUUGAAGAUAUGGGAUUGUCCAGAGACAAAGAGCUUCUCACUUCAAGUACUCCGCAACAAACCACCAACAACGUUCCCGUUAACGUUAAGGUUAACGAUAACGUUACCGUUAACGUUACGGAAGAAGCUAAUAAACAAGAAAAUCCUUCUGCGCGUUGUUCUCCGGUACCCUUGGUGCUUGUACGGUCAAGGUCAGACGGCGACAUUGAAUCCUUAUGUGUCGAUAAACGAAGAAAAGAGGAAAUGAUUGGGAAAAUUUCUAAACAAAGAUUAACGAGAACAUCAUCAAUGGUUUUGGCGCCAAAUGCACGGAUAAAUCCGUACCAGGAGUCGGUUAGAGUAGCGAAUAAUAGGGAGGGGGGGACCGCCCGGAGUCGGUCAGUUCGACGCGGCGGAUCAGCGUUGACGUCGAUAGUGUCGAAUGGUAGAUUAGGAGCUUUUUUCUUGAUAAAGAAUUUGGAUACUGGUAAAGAGUUUAUUGUUAAUGAGUAUAAUGAGAAGGGAAUGUGGAAUAGGCUUAGUGAUUUGCAGACGGGAAAGCAAUUAACAAUGGAGGAAUUUGAGAAAUCGGUGGGGUAUUCUCCUGUUGUUAAGGAGCUAAUGAGGAGAGAAAAUGUGUCUGGAAAUAAUGAGAAUACAUCUGAUAAUGACAGAAAAUUUGGGUCAAAUUCGUAUUUUUCUAAGAGUUUGAGAAUUAGCAAGAGAAGGGGGGCUGCAUUGUUGAAGAAUAUAAAAGGUGUGGCGAAUUCUAUGAGUUUGAGGUCGGAGAAAGAGAAGGAACAUGCUCCUCCUCAUGCAGUGUCAUCGUCUUCGGAGCAACAGAAACAGCAGAGCAAAGGGACUUCUAAUCAAUGGGUUAAAGUUAGGCAGACAGGGAAAUCACAUAAGGAAUUGAGUGCUUUGCAUUUAUGUCAAGAAAUUCAGGCGCAUGAGGGGUCUAUUUGGAGCAUUAAAUUCAGUUUAGAUGCGAGGUUUCUUGCUAGUGCAGGCGAAGAUAGAGUGAUACAUGUGUGGGAAGUGCAAGAAUGUGAAGUUAUGUCAAUGAAUGAAGGGAAUUUGACCCCAAUUCAUAUCUCAAUGGGUGGUUCACCAGAUAGAUGGGAUGGUUCAGAGAAGAAAAAGAAGGGAUCAAAAGGCAGUCCUGAUUAUGUUCAUGUCCCAGAAACUGUGUUUUCGCUCUCCGAUAAACCGGUCUACUCUUUCAAAGGUCAUUUGGAUGAUGUUUUGGACCUCUCCUGGUCCAGGUCUCAGUUACUGCUUUCAUCUUCAAUGGACAAAACUGUUCGGUUAUGGGACUUGGAAACCAAGAGCUGUUUAAAGUUGUUUGCCCACAAUGACUAUGUAACUUGCAUACAGUUCAAUCCUGUAGACGACGAUUAUUUUAUAAGUGGGUCACUUGAUGCAAAGGUUAGAAUAUGGAGCAUUUCCCAACGCCUCGUCGUCGACUGGACAGAUCUUCAUGAGAUGGUCACAGCUGCGUGCUACACCCCUGAUGGCCAGAGUGCAUUCAUUGGCUCACAUAAAGGGACUUGUCGCAUGUACAGCAUAGACGAUAGCAAAUUACAUCAACUAAACCAGACUGAAUUUCAAACCAAGAAGAAGUCUAAUGCCAAAAAGAUCACUGGUUUUCAGUUUUCUCCAAGCAAUCCAUCUGAAGUUCUUGUUACUUCUGCUGAUUCCCGGAUUCGGAUUUUGGAUGGUUUAGACCUUGUUCAUAAAUUCAGAGGCUUCCGAAAUACAAGCAGCCAAAUUUCAGCUUCCUUCAGUUUAGAUGGAAAAUAUUUGGUGUGUGCAAGUGAAGAUUCUCAAGUAUAUGUUUGGAAGCGUGAAGACCAUCGAAAUAUUGUUGCUGGAAAAAGAAGUAAGGUCUCUACAACAUCUCAUGAACACUUUCAGUGCAAAGAUGUUUCAGUAGCAAUCACCUGGCCUGGUAUAGUGAAGGGUGAACCUCCGCUAAUGCCAUCGACUUCCAAAAGGCUCGCAAAACGCUUAGGCCAAGGCCCUUCUUCUGCCAACGGAUCACCAACAAGGGAAGAAAUGAAGAAACUUUUGCCACCUCUUCCCAAGAAAAAUAACAACAAAAUGGACCAUGCUUCAACUCCCCCAGAAGAAGACCUUGCUCUGGUUUCUCGUGAUACAGGGAUUGGUGAGUCAUUCAAUUCAAGUUCUUCCUCAAUAAGAAGUGGUGAUUCAAUUUCUAUAUCCGCUGCCGAUUCAUCAUUUCCAUCUUGGUCUUCCUCUUGGUCUUGGUUUGAUGGUGGUAAUCACUCAAACAUUACAACACAAACAACAGCAUGGGGGUUGGUAAUCGUGACAGCCACGCUAGGAGGUGAAAUCAGGACUUACCAAAAUUUUGGGUUACCGCGUAGGUUAGGCCGCCUCCGAGAUCCCUUACAUUGACAAAAAAUGGGAGCAUAAAUCUGAUCUAUUAUCAUCAAAGUAAAGGAACUUUUAGUAGUUACAGAAGUAGGAAGUUGAGUCCCAGCAGGUGAAAGUCACAUGCUCAUUUUGUAAAUGUCAAAUUUGCUUCAGACAUUCUCUAGAUUACAUAGCUACUUCAUUUGUACAAUGUUUUACUGCUUAAUUAUAUGCAUUU